AUGGCAAUUGCAAGAGAUGCAGAGAAAUCAUUUGAUAAGAUUAAACAUCCCUUCUUGGAUCAGAUGUCCUAUAUCAUUCCAAUAGAUGAGACACUGUAUACUGUUCACCUUAAGCAGAGAUAUUUUUUAGUGGAUACUUUUAUGGUUUAUUUGUAUAAUCAAGGAUCUGAGAGUUCUCAUUCUUCGCAUAUUCAGCCUCAGUGCUACUAUCAAGGGUAUGUUGAAGGAUAUCCAAAUUCCAUUGUCACGCUCAGCACAUGCUCUGGACUCAGAGGAAUACUGCAAUUUGAAAAUGUUUCCUAUGGAAUUGAGCCUCUGGAAUCUACUGUUCAAUUUCAGCAUAUUCUUUACAAAUUAGGGAAUGAAAACAAGGAAUUAUCAAGUUUUAACAAUGAUACCAUGAGCUUAGGAAAAUACUCAAAUGACUACAACAUUUAUGUAGGUGAAAAACCAGAACCGCCUGUUCCAGGUAUAUUUCCUCUUUACCUAGAAAUGUACAUUGUGGUGGACAAAGCUUUGUAUGAAUACCUUGGCUCUGAUAGCAUGAUAGUAACAAGUAAAUUCAUUGAGAUUAUUGGCCUUGUAAAUUCAAUGUUCACCCAAUUUAAAGUUACUAUUAUGCUGUCAUCAUUGGAGUUGUGGUCAGAUGAAAAUAAGAUUUCUACAGUUGGUGAGGCAGAUGAAUUAUUGCAAAUAUUUUUAAAGUGGAAACAGUCUUAUCUUAACUUAAGGCCUCAUGAUACUGCAUAUCUAUUCAUUUAUAGGGAUUAUCCAGAUUAUGUGGGUGCAGUGUUUUCUGGAAAAAUAUGUGCUCCUCGUUAUUCUGCAGGAGUGGCAGUGUAUCCCAAGGAGAUGACUUUGGAGGAGUUUUCAGUUGUUGUAUCCCAGAUGCUGGCACUCAGUCUGGGGAUAUCAUUUGAUGAUCCAAAAAAAUGUCACUGCCCAGAAGCCAUCUGUAUAAUGAAUCCACAAGCUAUGACAUCCAGUGGUGCAAAGACUUUUAGCAGUUGCAGUUUGAGUGACUUUGAAAGUUUCAUUUCAAAUCAGGAUGCCAGCUGUCUUCAGAAUAAACCACAAAUGCAAAGACAGGAGGAAGCAGUGUGUGGAAAUGGCAGAGUAGAGACUGGUGAAGACUGUGAUUGUGGUACACAGGAACAAUGUGGGCCUGAAAAUUGUUGUGAUCAUCAAACUUGUAGGCUGAAGGCAGGACUAGAUUGCUUUGAAGGACCCUGUUGCCAAAAUUGCCGUUUUAAGCCCGUGAAUACUGUAUGCAGGAGACUUAAACAUCCUGAAUGUGAUUUCACUGAGUAUUGUAGUGGAAGAUCAGCAGAAUGUGCUGUGGAGAAGGUCAUACUCAACGGUGGACCAUGCAAAAAUGACGCAUUUAUAUGUUUUGAUGGAUACUGCCCAGAUAUUAAUGAACGUUGUCGUUCCUUGUUUGGCCCAAAUUCACAAAAUGCUCCAUUUGAAUGCUAUGAAGAAAUACAAUCUCAAAUGGAUAGAUAUGGGAACUGCGGUAAACAUGAAGGCAAAUAUAGGACCUGUGCACGGAGAGAUCUCGCAUGUGGACGAUUAGUUUGUACCUUUCCAACUACAAUUCCUUACAACAGAAGAGGCCCCGGUAUAACUUAUGCUCUUGUAAAAAAUAAACUAUGUGUGACUUUAGACUACAAAUUUAACGAGUCAGAAGCAGAUCCAAUGGAUAUCCAAAACGGCUCUGCCUGUGAAACAGAGAAGAUUUGUGUAAAUAAAAGGUGUGUGGAAGUAAAAGGACUUAAAGCUAUGGCAAAAAAUUGUAGUGAUACAUUGUGCAAUGGAAAUGGAGAAGAGAGAAACAGCAAGAGAGCAAGCAAUCUCAUCUGCUGUCUUACUCUCCAAAUGCCCACUACAACUGAGGAUGAGCCUGUUCAAAGCCAGGAACUCAAGAUCAAUCUGUAUCUCCAGGUUUUCAGCAAGGACACAAGUACUUGA